GCUUGACCGCCACUUGUGACUCUACGACUUGCUUCAACUUAUGGCUUUUGGUCUUACAAUCGGUACAGAGCGCGCUACUGCUCUUCAGAAUUCCAUCCAAGGUGAGCUCACGAAACGAGGGUUUAGCGCCGAUGCAGACCCGGUUAUGGCGGAAUACAUUACCAUUAUGAUUAUAAAUAACAAGACGCCAGAACAAAUUUCGUCCGAAUUGGAGGAUUUGAUAGGAUCCGACUUUGACCGCAGCUUUACCGACUGGCUGUUCGCCGAAGCUGCGAAAGGCGCGCCCGAGCCCGAAGGUUCCCCAGCGACGCAAGUCCCAGCCAUCCCUGUUCCUGCCCCUGCCACAGCCUCCUCGGAGCCAUCGUCCAACCGCGAAGCCCCUCCACACCUUCCCAGCGACCCAUCACGCCGACCACCAAACGGCCCGCGGCAGGGCGCCCCACCACUCUACCAACAAGCGUUGUCCCAAAUCUCCCCAGGACAGAAGCGCACAGCGUCCGCACGUUCCCCUUCGCCGCCUGGGUUCCAACCGAACAAGUCGCGCCGCACGGAACCGCCCUCAGGACCCCGCGCGAUGGCGCAGGGCCAGGGCCCACGGAGCCUGCUCGAGCGAAUGGGGGGCCGCGCCAACCGCGCCGCCAACGGCCGUAUGAACGACGAGAUCCAGGCGCGCAUUGACAACAUCACCGCGCGCUCGCCUGAGCCGAACGUGAUAAUGGGCGGUGCGCCGGGGGCGUUCCCAGGCGGGAUGGACAUGAACGCGGUAAUGGCGAUGGGCAACCCGCUGAUGCUCCAGGAGAUGAUGAUGAACCAGAUGGCGCUCAUGACGCAGAUGGCAGGCGCCAUGGGCAUCCUCAACCCCAACCCAGCGCAGUUCAUGAACGGCGCGUUCCCGCCGGGGAUGACGCCGGAGAUGUUCGCGCAGAUGCAGGGGAUGCAGCAGCAGAUGGGAAACAUGGGGAAUGGCCAGGCGCAGCGGGGUGGUCGGCCGACGCGAGGGCGAGGCGGAAAGAGGGGAGGCUUUGCGGGGCCUGUAGAUGGUGCCGCGUCGGAAGGUGCUGCCCCUGCCCCUGCCCCUGCUAUCGUUGCCCCUACGCCACAGACUGCUGUUCCUGCCGUUGCAGCACCGGUGGUCGCGCCCGUGCCGGUUCCUUCGACGUCAGUGACAUAUACAUCUUCGAGAGCUGGAUUUGUAGUGCCUGAGCGCCCGCAGUCGCCUACUCUCUGCAAAUUUGCAUUGAAGUGCACGAAUCCGUUGUGCAGAUACUCGCAUCCUUCACCUGUGGCGACGCCCGAGAGCGGUGUUGUGCUUAGCAAUGAAGCCUGUGAAGCCGGGAAGAACUGCAAGGAUAAGGAUUGCAUCAAGGCACAUGUCAGUCCUGCUACCCUGACUGCUGCAGACACUAUUAAUCCCAAACCCCGCCCGUACGUCCACCCCACACGACCGGGCCCGGACAAGGGCCACUUCGCACAACCAUGCCGCUUCGGCGCCGGCUGCACGCGCGCAACGUGUCCCUUCCAGCACCCGGAAGGCCGCGUGCUCCCGAAUUCGUUCCACAAAGGCCUGUCCUCGUCGGCGCCGGUGAUUAAUGUCCACACGCCGGAGACGGGUUCGAUAGGCGGCCCCAGCCCACACAGAAGCGUCACGUUUAACAAAGGCAACACUGCGGAGGAAUUGGAGAAGAGGAUGAAGGAGUUGGAGGAGAGGAAAAGCCAGGCGGAGGCAGCGGUGAAACGAGCUGAGGCUGCCGCUGCGAGCAAAAAAGACGAGAAUAAGCCUGUGCCUGUUGCUUCGUGAGACGUCUUCUUGUAUUCCAUCUGCCUGCCCUCCAAGCGUCUGUUGCCCAAUGUCACUGUAAUUUACAUAUCUCGUCUGUAGUCUCUUCGGACUGUCUACCAGCGACCAUCAGUUGUGGCUUUUAUCCGUAGCUCGUGUCUUUUACUCGUCCCCCUCGUCUAUUGCUAGCAGAAAUAGUUGGGAAUUGUAAUAAAGCGAAACAAGGUCUGCUCACAAUCACCC